AAAAAGAUCAUCUUUGGGAACAACCGGAUGUUAUUCUGCCGGUCAGGAUCACUGCGCGUGCGCUAGCUAACUCGAUAGCGAAGAAAUGUUUCGGAUUUGUGUAGGGUACAUUGUGACAGCAUCUGUAAUGGCGGCCUCCGUAUGAUAGCCGGAUUAAAAAGAAAAAAAAAAUGUACCCAUGUAUAAUACACACCCCAGAUUUUAGGACAAUAAAUUAGUUACAUUUUGCGCAUUAUACAUGGAAAAAAACGGUACUUCCAUUGCAUUUGCGGCCGGAUGAAAAGGCUUGGAGACAAUCAUGGUCGUAAAUCAACAUGGUCACAUGGUGUUCUGUGAGGGAGAAGCAUCGGAGUCAACUUAAUGCUUCCAAGCUAUACCGGGUAGCAAUUCCUGCUUCACUCUGGAGUUAAUCUGUUGCCUUCUCGUAACAGAAGGAUCAGUCUGCUCUCCUCCAGCUGCCAGCUUGUUCUGUUCCUCCGCCGCAAUCUUUGAGUUGCGGGAAUUUCCGUGACUGAUGUCUUUGCUUGUCCUUUUGUCUCUUUCUCAGCGGAUUAAAGGCCCCCGUCAGAGUGGAGCGGUGGUUUCGACUGACCUACAACCUCGAGUAGGAAGAGGGCCAAGCCACUUCAGAAAUGGAGCAGGUAUCGGAUGACGAGUUGGACCAUGGAGCCGAGGAGGACAGUGACAAGGAGGACCAAGACCUGGACAAAAUGUUUGGAGCCUGGCUGGGGGAACUGGACAAGCUCACACAGAGCAUGGAUGACGGCAGGCCCCAGAAGGCACUGCAGAAGCCUCCGCUCAGGCAAGAGACAAACAUUGCCAACUUCUCCUACCGGUUCUCAAUGUAUAACAUAAAUGAGGCACUGAACCAGGGCGACACGGUGGACUUGGAUGCUCUGAUGGCUGACUUGUGUACCAUAGAACAGGAGCUCAGUACUAUUUCCAAGCCAAACUCUCGGAAUCAGAGCAAGCGUGCUCCAGGGGGACGCGGUGCCAGCGCCAAGCAGCCUGGCACCAGUGGAGGGGGAAGCAGCAGUGGAGGAAGUGCCAGUAGCAGCACUCGGGCAUCUCCAGCCAACACGGUGCGAGGCGGCAGCGGUGUCAACACCCGCCCUGUGGCUUCCAACAUUUCCCUGGACGACAUCACCUCCCAGCUGGAGAAGGCCUCGCUCAGCAUGGACGAAGCGGCGCGUCAGACGUCCUCGUCGUCCUCCUCGUCCUCGUCUUCCUUCUCCUCCGCCACCAUGAGACGUCCCUCGUCCGGCUCAUCCGGCGGCGGGCAGCACCAUCGGCGGACGGGUUCAGUGGGUGCGGUCAGCGAACAGGAGGCUGCGUCCCAGCGCUCCAGCGUCAACUCGGCGUGCGCUUCGGCGUCCAGUAUGGACUCCCUGGACAUUGAUAAAGGGGUGACGACGGGCGGGGAAGCGGAUGGAAGGAGCAGCCCGACCCUACAGAGACAGAACCAAACCAGCACAGAGCAUGUCACACUGCGGUGGGCCGACGGUAAAAGGGCUAGGCGGCGCCUUGACUUCACCUCACAGGAGGAUGAAGUGGAUCGGGCCACUCACUCGUAUCUGGACCAAGAAACCUCGCUCAUUCUGAAAAGCAUAGCUGGAAAGCCUUCUCACCUCCUGACUAAGGAGGAGCACGCCGCCAAGCUAAAGGCGGAGAAGAUCCGAGUGGCCCUGGAGAAAAUCAAAGAGGCGCAGGUCAAAAAGCUGGUGAUCAGGGUGCACAUGUCGGACGAGAGUUCCAAAACCAUGAUGGUGGACGAGAGGCAGACGGUCAGGCAGGUGUUGGACAGUCUGCUGGACAAAUCGCACUGUGGCUACAGCCCAGACUGGUCGCUGGUGGAAACCAUUACUGAGCUGCAGAUGGAACGUAUUUUCGAGGAUCACGAGAACUUGGUGGAAAAUCUCUUGAACUGGACGCGGGACAGUCACAACAAGCUCAUGUUCAUUGAGCGCAUCGAGAAAUAUGCGCUCUUCAAGAACCCACAGAACUAUUUAUUGGGCCGUAAGGAGACUUCAGAAAUGGCUGACCGGAAUAAGGAAGCUUUAUUAGAGGAGUGCUUCUGUGGUGGUUCCGUGUCAGUGCCUGAGAUUGAAGGUGUGCUGUGGCUGAAGGAUGAUGGGAAGAAGUCCUGGAAGAAGCGCUACUUUCUCCUCAGGGCUUCUGGAAUCUACUAUGUCCCCAAAGGCAAAGCUAAGGCAUCCCGAGAUCUCGUGUGCUUCCUGCAAUUGGACCACGUUAACGUCUAUUACGGUCAAGACUAUCGCAGCAAAUAUAAAGCGCCGACCGACUACUGCCUGGCUUUGAAGCAUCCACAGAUCCAAAAAAAAUCGCAGUAUAUUAAGUAUUUGUGCUGCGAUGAUGUCAGGACCUUGCACCAGUGGGUGAAUGGAAUUAGAAUUGCAAAGUAUGGGAAACAGCUCUAUAUGAACUAUCAGGAGGCCAUGAAAAGAACAGAGGCUGCCUAUGAUUGGUCCUCUCUAUCUACCUCGAGCAUCCGAUCAGGAUCCAGUUCUGCAAGCAUACCCGAAACACAAUCGAAUCAUUCAGGCCAUUCAGACAGUGGCGUGGACACGGGGUCUGCUCAUGGUCGCUCCCAGAGUGUUGUGAGUUCCAUCUUCUCAGAGGCAUGGAAGAGAGGCACUCAAUUAGAGGAAAAUACCAAGAUGCGAAUGGAGGCUUCCAGAGGAGCUACGUUGCCACAUGCCACCCACAGUCACCGCCACCACAGCCAACAUUCAGUCGAUCACCCGACCCUGACAACGGCUCCUCCAUCUCAACCUCUUCAGCCUCCGGCUCCUCCAUCUCAACCUCUUCCGCCUCCGGCUCAUCCCCAGCAACAACUUCAGCCACGGACAGUUGAGCAGCACCUGCCCCCGAAGUUACAGUCUCCGCAACCACAGUCACCUCAACGCUUGCAGCAGCAGCAACAACAGGAGCCCCUCACCCUGAGCAGCUCCAGCCAACAGCCGACACACCCUGUGAACAGCUACAGCCAAAUGCCUCCACCGCCAUCACUACAAGAGCAGCAGACGCACACAAACUACAAUCAGCCGCUACACAAAGUAAGCAACUACAAUGUUGCGCCGUCCCAACAGCCACCACACAGCUAUGUGUGUCCCCCACAGCAACAGACAGCACCUCCACCACCACCACCACCACCACCGCCGCCUCCUCCUCCACCUCCACCACCCCCAGUCCAAACCAUGUCACACUACUCUCCAGCCCUCAACAUGUACAAGUUCAGUACAAUAACCAGGCUGCAGAACCAGAACCAGGCUAGCAGUCACCACAGGAUGCAACCUCCCCCAUCGCAGACAGCGCCCACCGCAAAAGUGCACAUCAAACCAAAUGUCAAUCACAUUGCAGCAAGGACUAAUGUCCCGCCCCCUCCUCCUCCUCCACCGCCACCGUCUAUGCCGACCCCCGGCUCCGCCAUGGCUGCGCUGAAGUUCGGCCCUCCGAGUCCAAACGCCCUGGCUGCCUUCAUGGGUCCGCAGAGCAAUGGGGUAGCAUUCCCACCCCCUCCUCCCCCGCCCCCAUCGACGGCAGGUCCCAUCAGCCAGUCGACGUAUCCGAUCAUUCUCAAGCAUACGCUGAAAGGAAGGUUUCCCAGCCCACCACGAGAUCUCCUGCCUGCAAACGGAGACGUUGAAGACUCCCCACUUCCUGCUCCUAAUCCAUCACCGCCGCCGCCUCCACCACCACCUCCUCCACCACCACCACCCCCUCCUCCCCAGCAGCUUCCGGCGGCAGCGGCGGCGGCCCAGUUCCCACCACCUCCACCAGCGGCAGCACCCAAAUCCUUCAGCCCAGGAUUUGUUCCUCAUACUCCCCCCAAACCUGUGUCACCUGUCUCACCAUUCCCACCAGCCCCGCCACCAUCCACCUUGGGCGGGCUACCACCGCCGCCGCCCCCUCCUCCACCCGCACCCCUCAAGAAGCAGUUCAGCCUCCAGACAAGCUACACCUCCAGCCAGCCUCCGCCGACUCUUCCCAAGCAGCACAGUCUGUCGAAGCCUCCUCCUGUUUCCACGGGAACCCCCCCAGUCUCGUCUUUGGUCAAACAGCUGGCAAGUCAGUUUCCGGGGGCUUCCAACCAAGUCGCCAAUCACACGGAGAACACCAAAGUUCCCGUCUCCCCGCCUGCGGUCAAGUCCAAACCAAGAUGGCAGCCUGUCGGCAGUCAGCAGCCGCAGUCGUCAGAGUUCCCACCCCCUCCGGACAUUGUCAACAGUAGCGGUUUCCCAGCUCCGCCGUUAGCGCCACCCUUGGCCCCUGCCUCUUGUCCGACCCCACCACCCCCGCCGCUUCCUUCUGGGAACAUGGGGUCACCUGCGAGGACGUCACCCUCCUGUCUAGGAGGUAAACAACCUCCUCCGACCCCCCAGAGAAACUCCAGCAUCAGAUCUGACUCGUCUGCGUCCUACGAAGAAUCCAGGAGGAACCUCCUCAGUAAGUUUGCCCCGCAGAGCAACACGACUUCAUCCUCCCUAUCUUGCGCAACUGGCUCUCCGUCAAAGGAUCCCUCAGGGGGACCCCGUGCACCACCAAAACCCGGCAAGCUCAACCUGGCCAACCUGCCCUUGGCUCUUCAGGCCAAAGUCAGCCAAGCCAAGCAAUCCGGCAACGACUUCCCCUCUCCGCCAUCCGAGUGUGUCAACUUCCCUCCUCCGCCGCCACCGUCCGAGCUAUUCCCACCUCCUCCUGGGAGUGAUUCUCAUGGUAGUGGACCUCCAAGAGUAGCUGUGGUGAACCCCCAGCCUCAAGCCCCUCCUCCUCCCCCUCCCCCACCAGUCUCUAAUAUGAACAACUCCACUUGGGGUAAGAGCUCCCUGAAAAAGACUCCUCCGCCGACAUUUGUGCGCCGUAGCAACACCACACCAGAACCCCCACCGCUGUCACCACCUCCCCCCACCUCACCUAAGGGCAGCUCGGGCCAGCCCAACUUCCUUGCCGAUCUAAACCGGACCCUCAAGCGAAAAUCCGUGGGGAGGCAAGGCAAAACGGACCCUGCUGGGACGAUGGAUGACAUGGCGCUGCCGCCGCCGCCUCCCCCCGAGCUGCUCCUCGAACAGGAAAAGCAAAGCAACGGAGGAAACGACGGCUACAUGUCCGGGAACAUCUCAGGCUAUGCAACGCUCCGACGAGGACCCCCACCCGCACCGCCAAAACGGGGCGAUGCCACCAAGCUUACUGGCUAGUGAUGUAAAAGGUUUUAAAAUUGCUAUCGUACUGUAUAUACCAAAAGUAUUUCUGAAUUUGGUUUUUCAAAUGCUCAGGAUUCUACUUCUCAACGUUUGGACUCAGCAUGUACUUUUGAAUUUACCGCUAAGUCAAACUUUGCGCUCCUACCCCUUCCGUUCCUUUUUUUUUUCUGCUUACGCCUGUGUGAUUUAUGUGCUCACUGAGCCCGCAGAUAUGAUUGUAUCAUAAAAUUUGGGGGAUUAUUCGAAUAUCUCGGAACUCAGUAUCGGGUUUGCCGGGGUAAUUUGCGCUAUUUUUACAGGGUAUUACAUGACCAGGCAAUCAUGUAAAUACACUGUUCAAAAAAUAACUUUCUGGACAUUUGAAUCAUGUAAAUAGUUUAAAAAAAAAUAAAAAUAAUGCCCAACAUUUUACCGUUUUUUUUUCAUGUAUAAUGCGCAAAAUUUAACAAAUUUAUUGUCCUAAAAUCUGGGGUGUGCAUUAUACAUGGGUACAAAAAAAAUGUUUUUGUUUUUUUUUUAAAUCCGGAUAUGAUAUGGAGGCCGCCAUUACAGAUGCGCUUUCUUCUCUGCUGUUCACUUCAAACCCGCUCCAUACGAACACAAUGCUCUCGUAUCAGACGCUUGCUCGAUCACCUGCUCGUUUGCUGUGACAAUGUACCCUACACAAAUCCGAAACAUUUCUUCGCUAUCGAGUUUGCUAGCGCAUGCGCAGUGAUACUAACCGGCAGAAUAACAUCCGGUUGUUCCCAAAGAUGAUCUUUUUUUCUGAAAUAAUUUUACGUUUACAGACUUAAGUAGGAGUCAAAAUUUGGGUGCGUAUUAUACAUGGGUACAGGCUUUUUUCCAGCAUCAACAUGCCAUUUUUAGGGUGCGUAUUAUACAUGGGGGCGCAUUAUACAUGGAAAAAAACGGUAAGAUAAAAUCAUAUCUGCAUACUCACACAGGCGCAAGCACAAAAAUCCUGGAAAACCCAAAUAAAUCUUGUACAUUGAGCAUUUGAACUAUAUUACAAAUGAAUUUGGUGAACAGGAUAAAAUUCAGGUUGGACCCAAACCAAAUCUUCUGUUGCUGCGUAUUGCAAAAGGCAAAAAAAAAAAAAAAAAAGACCUUCUUGUAAAUGCAUUUGUGUGAUUGAGUGUCAUACAAACAUGCAUUGAGCGAUAAGUUCCAUGCAUGAGUAAGAUACGCCCAUGUUUGCUUUUGUGACAAAUUAUUUAAAUGAUUAAUUGAAGUCUUUUUUUUAAUUUUGGAUCAACGGAGGUCUGGUCAGAUGUGAUUACGGAAUGUAUAUCAGAAGUUACAAAUCAACAACAUACAAAUCGGCUAAAACAUAAUGUGGUGUCUUAUUAUUAUUCCCGUGACAAAAGCAAAGAAGGAGGCCUUAUUCUUUAAGUCUUGCACAGUGUGUGUGGGGGCGGGGUCUAAAUGCUCAACAGACUGGAGUAAAAUACUUUCCAUGGACUUGUCAAGAAAAUUGGAGGGCAAUUGUUGUGGAGUGAACCCCCCCCCCAUAUUUCUUAAUCCGUUUGUAUAGUUGCUGCAGCAGCUGCUUCCAUGCUGCCCCCCCCCCCCCCCCCCAUCCAUGUCACAUCAUAACAAUCCAGGAAGCAGGCUGGAUUCAUAAACUUCCCAGGAUACUUACUGUACAGUACAUCGAUUCAUGUGACGAGGACUUGAAGGUUGCUCUCAUAUUGUUGGGUAUUUUGUGUUGGCAAGUUUUCAACCUAACUGCUUGCAGCAGUGCCUUCAUUUUCCAUCAAGAGUUCCAUCCCUAGUAAAGAUGAAAUAUUGGAAUUUGUUGAAGGGAUUCUAAAGACUAAUGGAAACUAUUACAUUCAUGUGGUUGGGCUCGUUGAAAACCACAACAACCUUCGUGACUGACUCCAUACAUGCUACACCUUUAUUCUAACCAACAUGGUUGUGGUGUAUUUCCUUUUUUUUUUUUUUUUUUUUUUAAUAUCUCAGUCCCUAUCAGGACAUUUGCUACAGUUCUGUGUGUAAGUUAUUGACGUACUGAUGUGAGGCCUAAAUGGUUGCAAAUUGAUUAAAUGUGUCUUUGCUUAUAAAUGGAAAUUCACAAUAUAAAUAUUCCAACCAGAA